ACAUGAUGUGCAGCGGGAUCCACACUUGGCUUUGGCUGUUUUGGAUGUUUUCGGUCAACAGGUGUCCCACUGAGGUGGCCUAAUCUCCCACUUUGCUGUCUGGCAGGUGUCCAGAACGCUGAGCUUCAUCGUGGCCCCGUGUCGUCAUCCCUCCUCCUCCUCCUCCUCCCUCCUCCUCCUCCUCUCCUGUAAGGUAACUUAAAGCUUCUCCUGUCGGGACAGUGGGUUUCAGCCUCGGAACGGGGAGGAAACUCUGCAGCAGCCCUCAUUAAAAUUCCCAGCCCGUACACUCGCCACGAAAGCCUCCUUUCGGUGGGUGGCACCGGCGUCCUGCGCGCCUCUUUAAUUGCGCACCACGCAGCAGCGGAGCGGAUCAGCGGCUCACAGUUUCAUCAUCGGCACAUCGCGCUGCCCCCCCGAGGCGGAGAGUCAGCUCCAUGUCCCGCUAUUUUCACGGCUGACAGAGGACAGGGUGGGCGCAGAGUCCCCGAGGUCCGGCACGGCAAAGGGUGGCGCCCUACGCAUCUCAUCCAGCGCCUUGGACACGCUGUGCCGCCGGUCCGCUCCCGCAGUCCGCCGCGCGGCUCACGAUCGUGACAUUUCCCCCGUGAGGGACUGGCAACAUGUGCGCCCGGAUGGUGUGAAGUGUGACACAGCGGCUCUGGGGCUCCAUUUCUCCUCGGAUACGUCAAGUACCCGACGUUACGGCGCACCUUGUGUAUAGAUCGGAUUUGGUCCGUGCUGACUCUUGCUUGUUCCUCUGCUGUUUACCUAUUCAUUAAUUCAGCCAUGAGUGAUGGCACUGGCCAACCAAAGCUCUCCAUCCUCUGACAACCAUGAGCACUGUGGAGGAGGAGCCGGAUCACAUGAUACCAUGAAGACAAGCCUGCAGGUCCUGCGCUGCCAGCUGCUGAGUGUUCUAGCAUUCCUAGCACUGUCAGUAGGACUGGUGUCAUCAGCACAGGAGCUGUACCUCAGCCAGACAUCCCAGGAUCCUGUCCACAUGGCAGCCGCCCACAGCAGCCCCCUGUCUGCCCCCCAACCUCUCCCCUCGGACUGGCAUCAGGAUGGCUCCAGUAGCGGGGAAUGGUCACCCAAAGGAGGCACUCAGCCCUCAGACAUCAUCCUCCCUACUGCCGCCCUCCACCCAUUUGCCUUGAUUCCUCCCAUUCAUGACACAAAUGCUGUCACCCCGAACACUGUGAGCACUGAAAGUCAUCUGAAUCGGCCCCAGGAGCCGAGCUCUGAUGUUGUCAACCAAGGCCACAUGCACAAAUUGGUCAGAGUACCUCAAGUCCAUAACCCAGUUACUGUCAGCACUAACCAGGCCAGCAGCAGCAGCAGCACAGCGGUCCCAAAUAUAGACGUGGACUCUUCUGCCAGAGGCGCUCCAAACCCCCUGGCUCUUCUGUCCAGCCCUGGAUCAGACAGAGGAGAUACACUCGCUGCACUCCACGUGGAGCCUCAGAAGUUGUCUGUGGAGGAAUCCACUGACCCCAGCCGGCGGGACAUUCCAGAUCUAAAGCAGUCCUCCCUCUCCUCUUUGUCAAAGGAUGCUGACCCCGCAUUAGGCCUGAAACUCAGGGAGCACGCACACCACACCAUCACUCUGAGGGAGGUGCAUGGAUCAAACGAGCCCCCAACUCAAGGACUGAGGAUAGAGUUGAGUGUCCCACCUGACGCUCCAGUCCCGCCGAAGAAUCUAACUUCCACGGUGGCCACGCCAGCCCUGUCCACUGAGCUCAACACACAGGAUCCAACAAAGAUCCCAAGCAGCCACACUGCACCCGACGAGGCCACCACUGAGGAGCUUGUCCGAGGUAACAGCACAGACAAUGCCCCUCACGGACACUGGUUGGGAAAUGUAACUGCAUAUGGUGGGCUGAUCUCUAACAGCAGCUCGGCCGACGAGGCGUCUGCUCAAGUGAACGGCUCAGAGCCCCUUUCCACCGCCAACGGGAGCUUCCAGAACAGGCAGGUGCCUGCCACUACCCAGGACCCCUGGACGCCUGGCAACAGCUCGGGCCCCACCGUCGACUCCCCGCCAUCCCGCAUGACCAUCUGCUUGAGCAGGAUGGACAUUGUCUGGAUCGUGCUGGCCAUCAGCGUGCCUGUGUCGUCAUGUUCUGUGCUUUUGACGGUGUGCUGUAUGAGGAGGAAGAAGAAGUCGUCAAGUCAGGAGAACAACCUCAGCUACUGGAACAACGCCAUCACCAUGGACUACUUCAGCAGGCACGCCGUGGAGCUGCCCAGAGAGAUACACACUCUGGAGAGUGAGGAGCAUGACACCUGUCUACCCCCUAAUGGAGACUACAGCGGCAGCAGCGUGGUCUUGGUUAACCCUUUCUGCCAGGAGACCCUCUUCAUCAACAGAGACAAGGCGUCCGCCAUCUAGAGACAGGAAGAGAGAGAGAGAGACUCCUCUUCAACUCCCCCUGCUGUUGUUGUCUAUUUUAUAUAUGUGGUAAAUAUCCAGAGACUUUCGACUUUAUACUGUAUAUGACAGAACACAAAGAGCAUCCAGAAAGAAGACAUGAUGUAAACAAGACACUAUUUACUAUGAGAAUGCCACCGCAUAUUUUUCUGAUGUACAUUUUCUACAAAAAAGGCUUAAUUGUGAUAAAAAAAAAAAGGUUUUUAUCGUCUUUAUAAAAUACAGAGUGUAUGUGGUUUGGUUUUCAUUCCAGUGGCUUGACGGUGAGCGCACUGUGGAUGCGGCCACAUGAAGUCUGCUUUAGAAAAAGAGAGAGAGAAAAAAAAAAGCUAUGAAAAACAUUAAAAGCUGUCUUUGUUUUUGUUUUUUUGUUGGUUGCUUUUAUUUUUUCCUUUAAAUCAGUCAAUCCCCAAAUACUUAUAGCCUGUUGAACUUGAAUAAAGCACCUAUGUACUUGAGGGGGAAACAGAGAUUUUGUGAGAUCAGGGCCCGUAUUUACGAAACUGAGCGAAAACUUCACACGACCAAUCACAUUUAUGCCCCCGUGCUGGAACAGCAAAUCAGAAAACACUGAUUUUUUUUUCUCUAAUCUGCUCUUUGUUUAGUCUUGUUUUUAAAGCUGACUAUGUUUUUUCGCUGCCCCCAAGUGGCCAAAAGAAAUAGUUAUUGCAGGUUUAAAGCAGUUUCAAAACAGCUAGAUAAGGUUUGAAUGAAAGGAAACUGAGUACAAUGGAAACGAAAAGGUUGGCAGCAAACAGAACAGUCUGGUGCAGGUAUACAAGGUACAUCAGAGGAACUAGAUACCUGUACAUUUUUUGUAACUGCAUCUUGUGACACUUAAUCUGUUUGACAAAGAUUAUAAUACCCUAUCUCUCUGAUAGUUCCAGCUGCAAUACUGGCUGCUCGCUGUCACGGCUGGUAAUCAUUUUAAAGUAAGAAUUUAGUGUAUGGAAUACGGUGAUUUGAUUGGUGUAUAUAAAAGCCAUCGUCACCUUGUUUGCUCCUCUGAUAUCUCUGGAGUUCUCAUGAAUUUAAGAGCAUUUUUAAGGCAUUAGAAAUGUCAAAUAUAGCUUUCAUUCCAUUCCAAAAUGUGUUAGUAUUAGUGAGGGAUUUUUAAAAAUGGACGUUUAGCAGUUUGAUAAAUACAGGCCCUAAUUUUAAAGUUUAGUUGAGCAGGGUCUGAGGGUCUACAUCCUGCAGUUCUGACUGAUUCAAAUGACGUUUCCCCCUCACGUGUCACCAGCUUCUCUAAAGAGGGACCACAUAGAUGUCUUAAUUCCUUAUGUUGGCCCUUUAUAUAUCAGUACGCGUGUGUGUGUGUGUGUGUGUGUGUGUGUGUGUGUGUGUGUGUGUGUGUGUGUGUGUGUGUGAGUGUGAGUACCCCCUCCGUGCAUGUAAGCAUACUUGCGCAAGCGUGCAGUGAAGUGUGGACGGAUGAGUUGAAAUACCCCCCCUCCCAAAACCAAAUAUCACUAUUACUUUAAAUCAAGCGAGAAUCACUUUCAAGCUCAGUUUUAUCUGUUUCUGUAUGUGUGUGUGUGUGUGUGUGUGUGUGUGUCUGUUUGUGCCUCUGUGUGUGUCCGUCUAUCUGUCUCGUGGAGUGGCUACUGGUUAUAUCCCAGUUUGAGAGAGUUCCUCAGUGCUGUAGGAAACAUUUAGACCAACCCUGCUACUGUAAAUGUCUCCCUCCAUCAGUACUGUGUUUGUCCAUCAGUGCAAACUGUGUUUGUCGAAAAACGUGGAAUGACUGUGAGUUAGUUGCUGGAGCGCGUAACGCGUGUUAGAGGUCGUCGAAUAUGUUCGACCAAUAAGAAUACUGAGAUAAAUAACCAAUGCUGAAUAUUUACUGUGAGCACAUACAGAGGCAGUGUUUUGUUUUUAAUGUUUUGUUUGAUUACUGAACCUGUGGUCCUUCUGUCAUCUGUUUCACUUUGCAUCGCUGCAGUUUUCCUUCAAUAAUCGAUGCUGCCUGCCUCUAUCGUCGCUAAAGAUUUUCCUGCAAUUUGUGAAACGCUGUUCCGAAAUCACCGAUUCAAGCGGUGGUGUGCUGAACGACACGGUUAAACAUAUUGAUAUUUCCUGCAUUGGAUGCUCACAGCUGGGCUUCUUGUUUUGCACGCUCAAAAGUGGAUAUUUUACAAAACGUUCAGUGGCACGGUGGAGCAGUGUUCAACAUUAUGUAUUUUUUGUACUGUAGUAUACACUGUACUUUUUACUGCUGAGCAAUAAAACAAAGAAAAAAACACA